GCUCCCCGCCCCCUGCUCUCUUAGGUGGCGCCGGCUUGCGGCCGGUGUGGCGGUGGUGUUGCUUCUAGAAGCCGGAGCGGGCACGUUCCCUGGGCGGGCGGCAGGGCUAUGGUCGCCAGCUCCCGAAGGCCCGCUUCGCAUCUCAGUCCGAUCCUGAGCGCGAGCCUGAACUGUCUCCUCAGCCCAGCCCCCCGGCGCGGUCGGCUGCUCCCCGGGCGCGCCCCCUCCGAUGGCGGCGGAGAUUCAUCCCCAGCCCCUGACCCGCAAGCCGAUCCUUCUGCAACGGGUCGAGGGGUCGCAGGAGGUGGUGAACAUGGCGGUGAUCGUGCCUAAGGAGGAGGGUGUCAUCAGCGUCUCGGAAGACAGGACAGUUCGUGUUUGGUUAAAGAGGGACAGUGGACAGUACUGGCCAAGCAUAUACCAUGCAAUGCCUUCUCCAUGUUCAUGCAUGUCUUUUAACCCGGAAACAAGAAGACUGUCCAUAGGUCUAGACAAUGGUACAAUCUCAGAAUUUAUUUUGUCUGAAGAUUAUAACAAGAUGACACCUGUGAAAAACUAUCAAGCACAUCAGAGCAGAGUGACGAUGGUCCUGUUUGUUCUGGAACUGGAGUGGGUGCUGAGCACAGGGCAAGACAAGCAGUUCGCCUGGCACUGCUCUGAGAGUGGGCAGCGCCUGGGAUGUUACCGUACCAGUGCUGUGGCCUCGGGCCUGCAAUUUGAUGUUGAAACCCGUCACGUGUUUAUUGGUGAUCACUCGGGCCAAGUCACCAUCCUCAAACUGGAACAAGAAAACUGCACACUGCUCACAUCCUUCAGAGGGCACACAGGAGGGGUGACAGCGCUCUGCUGGGACCCAGUGCAGCGCGUGCUGUUCUCAGGGAGUUCCGAUCACUCCGUCAUCAUGUGGGACAUCGGUGGGAGAAAAGGGACAGCCAUCGAGCUCCAAGGACACAAUGACAAAGUCCAAGCCCUCUCCUAUGCACAGCACACAAGGCAGCUCAUCUCAUGCGGCGGGGACGGUGGCAUUGUCGUCUGGAACAUGGAUGUGGAAAGGCAGGAGACCCCUGAGUGGUUGGACAGUGACUCCUGCCAAAAAUGUGACCAGCCUUUCUUCUGGAACUUCAAGCAAAUGUGGGACAGUAAGAAAAUUGGCCUAAGACAGCACCACUGCCGGAAAUGUGGGAAGGCCGUGUGCGGCAAGUGUAGCUCCAAGCGCUCUUCCAUCCCCCUCAUGGGCUUUGAGUUCGAAGUUCGGGUCUGCGACAGCUGCCACGAGGCCAUCACAGAUGAAGAACGUGCGCCCACAGCUACCUUCCAUGACAGUAAGCACAACAUUGUGCACGUGCAUUUUGAUGCAACCAGGGGAUGGUUACUGACUUCUGGAACUGACAAAGUGAUUAAGUUGUGGGAUAUGACCCCAGUAGUGUCCUGAUGUCUCUCCAAGGGACGAGAAAAUAGUUUUUAUUAAAGAGACACUUGUUUGAGCCCAAAAUCAUUACAGGAGAAGCAAAGUACACAUAUGAGCAGGAAGAGAGACUGAAGGCGGCUCACAGUGGAUGUGUGCCUCCCCGGCCUGUCGCAGUGAACCGGUGGGAGAGCACACCCAGGACUCUUCAGUUGCCCUUACAACAUAAAAGAAGAUAUUUUUUUAUCAAAUGGUUUAUACAGCCUGGCUGUGCUGCAUUGUUUUGAGUCUAUUGGAAAAUCUGUGUGGGAUGUUUAAGCUUCUGUGUUUCAGCCUCCAUUGUUCUCAUUGCUUUUUGUGUCCAAAAAAAACAAAAAACAAGAGAGAGAACUGUCUGUUGAAGGUAUUGUGUCGUGUAAGACAUUUUCUUCACCUCAGCGUGUCCCAGAGAGAGCCUUUCUCUGCUCCUCCUUCGCCGGCCACACUUGCCUCUCGCCAGAGUGGACGGUUCCGGUUUGUUCCGGUGUUCUGCUUUGGUGGCCAGACAGGAGUUGGAAAACCGUCUGAUGCGGGCCUCCUGAGUCACCUGUGGGGAGCCGUGCUGUCAGAAGUGCCUGAGCUUCCGCUUCAGCGUCGCCCCCUUAGGGAGGGCUUCCAGAAACUGCUGUCCACUGUCAGCCCCCCGACACACACCGGUCACGUGACUCAGCCUCGCCCUGCAGUGCCUGUGUCUUUCUGAAUUCAAUGAGGGCUGCUUGAGCCUUUUGCAUUUUGGACUUUGGGGAUUUGGGUUUUUUGAUUUUUUUUUUUUUGUAGCUUCCCUUUAUUCAUGACAUGAAAGACAAACAGAAAUGUCCAUGCUCCAGAAUUAAGUGUCAUGAAGGUGCAUCUUUCUACAUGGUGUUGCCUCUGAAUGUGAACGUUUAUUACUUUAAGAUUAGAAUCCUGCUCUCUUCACCAUCCAUAUUUAGUUUCCCUUUUAAAACCAGGUAUUUAAGCAUCUUUAUGAUAAUGUAUACUUUCUAUGAAGCCAGCAUGUGAUCUAAACAGAGGUACUAAGAAGCAAACAGUAUUCUCCUAAGGAAAUCAGCCCAUCUUGCUAAGAUGCAGUGGGGACUCACUUUGGAAUGUCAAGGUACAUUAAAAUAGUAGCGAGCCUGUGCCUGGAAACUGGCCCAUCCAAGCACGUCACGUCGUCACACAUGCUCACCCGUCAGGAAUACCAGUGAGGUUGCCAGGUCCAAGGCUCGUGGGUAAACAGCCUGAUUGCAUGCCCUGACUCUCCAUGUCACGGUAUCUUCUUCACUUCUGACUUAACAGGUGUUUCCUGGCAGGAAGUACUUGAAUGACAUUACAGUCCUGUUCUAGAAAGGCAAUUUCUCCAUUGUCAUUCUUGCUUCUCUUUCUGGAGGAGGCAGUAGUAACCAUUCUUGGGUACCACCCUUAGCACUAACAACCCAGAGUGCUUCCUAGGACAGGGCGUCCAGAACCACUUCUGCUGGCUGGCACUGGGAAGCAGGGCUGGUGUACACCUCCCAGAGCCAUGCCCCUUGCAGCUGUGAUGUGAGAGCAGAACUCUGCACACGCUCCAGGAAGUCAUCGCCACUGUGGUUCAACCGUCUGUUCUGUGAAAUGCCACCUAGGUUCAGUCAGGCCACCAUAACUGGUUUGGGUCUUCUCUGCAUGAUCACUCCAUCACAGAGCUUUGCAAAGGGAGUCAGAGCUAAAAUACUCAAAUAUUGAUGGAAGAGUUGAUUGCUGGAGUCUACAGCCACUUGGCAAGUUGUAGAGAACUGUAUAUUGGAAAUCAGUAAUAAAAUAAGUAAGAAGUGA